AGUACCGAUAAUCGUCACGAAAACUUCGAACUGUGGAGGCGAUUCUGAAAUCCCUACUUCCCUAUUUCCCCCCUUAUACUCACACCACCAGCCCCUUACAGAAGGUGUCAUGACCGGACCAACAUGCGGGACAUCUCAUGAGAAUCUUCACUCAAAUUGACGGGUCGAUUUACGGCGCGAUACGCUUCUAUAGGCCCUCACCAAGCUUCAGUUUGACACCUUCGUUACAUCGCACAAGAAUACGUGAUGAUUACAAGGAAGUUGUAUGUACUAGCUUUCUCGCUGUCACCAGGCACUGCUGUACAAGCUGGAAUAGAAAGAGGCAGCAUGUCUCCUGUGCUUCAACCUCCAAGAGGCCUUUCAGCUCAACGAUAGCAACAUCGCGGGGUCGACCUUGGGGUUCCAGCUUUUUCAACACGAAUUUCCCACUGGGUCGUAAAUGGAAUCACGGGUCUGCGCACAGUACCAAUGGCUCUCCGCCAUUACAAGAAACCAGGCCGAAACAUGAGCUUCUUGAUAUUGUUGGGUCGUACGACGAUACCACUGUAGAGGAGCAUCUUGAAUUCUUAAAGGACCCUUACAUGCGAAGAUAUGCACCUGCCGAUGGCCCAAAUCUUACUGUCUCCGAUAGAGACGAAGAUGUUGAUCUCCAGUCUGUUCGGCCCAACCAAAAUAUGGAUCCCGAGCAAGCCAAGAGAAUUCGAAAACUACAAGAAGCGGUACUUCUUAAGCUGAGGCGCCCUGCGUCGAUAGACUUAGACACUGUGUACGAUCUAUACUUGUCACUCAUGGAGCCCCGUAUGCCGCAAGUCACGUCUAGGUUGAGACAUCAAUUACUCGCAGUCCUAGGCAUGGCCGAGAAGAGGAAUUCCAAGUCUAUGUUACGAUAUUUUACCGUGGUAACAGAUGUAAAGAAUAGUGGUUUCCCCUUGACGACUGCUGAAUGGAAUACCGCUAUAUCAUUUGCGAGUCGAUACGUCGGAAGGUCAACGGAGGUAGAAGUUGAAGCGGCUCUUCAUCUUUGGCGUGAAAUGGAACAUGAAGCCGGCGUCCAGGCAUCUGAUGCCACGUUCAAUAUUCUGUUCGACGUGGCAUCGAAGGCCGGUAAAUUCAGUCUCGCCGAGAUGAUCUACCAGGAAAUGGGUACCCGAGGUUUCCAAUUCAAUCGAUAUCACCACGUUAGUCUCAUCGCUUUCUUUGGCCUUAGACUAGAUUCUAGCGGCGUAAGGGCUGCUUAUAAAGCCAUGGUAGAGUCUGGCGAAGUUAUCGACUCAAUCGUUCUGAAUUGCGUCAUCGCUGGUUUCCUAAGAUGUGGAGAGGAAUCAUCUGCUGAGAGGGUGUAUGAGAAGAUGAGAGAGUCGGCCAGAGGGACUGAGGUGUUACCGGACCGGAACUACAGAAUGCAGAAGGUCAUCACGAAGGUGCUCAUCAUGUUUGCAAGAAUUGGAACGAAACACCCUGAUAUGCGACCCAGUUUCCAGCAGACCGCGCUGAUAUCUCCGGAUCUACAGACGUACCGCCUCCUCAUCAACCAUUACGGGGUAAAACUGGGUGAUCUCCCUAAGGUUGCGCAGUUCCUCGACGAGAUGAAACUAUGCGAUGUUCCGCUCCACGGUGCAAUAUUUCUCGCGCUUUUCAAGGCAUUCGGAAAACAUGGGCAGAGUGGGUCAGACUGGUCAGAAGAGAGGCUGGUCAGUGUAUAUAAUGCCUUCUUAGUCGCCCUCGACGCCGGAACUGAGGGACUAUACAUUAACACAUGGAUGGCAAUGGCCAUACUGAGAGCAUUUGCUAAAUGCUCGUCUCGAGAUGAACUCUUAGACAUAUAUGAAAAUCUACGACAGAGAUGGAACCUGGACCUGAUGAACUCGGAGUUCAUGAUGAAUUUCCUGAUGAAAAUCAUGGAAGAACCUAGGUUCGUCGUACGCUCCGAGGGCUACACGGUAUGAUACAGGAAAUGGGAAUGGAUCAUAGAUGUAAGCUAACGGCCGGGGGCAAUAUCCGUGGACAAAUGAUAGCCACGAUCUGUACAUAUAACAUAAAAAUAGACUUGCCUGUAAAUAUGUAUCCAAUGAGAUAGCAUCCGUCAUUCAACAGUUAUGAGACACGAACUACAUGCGG